AUGUUCAUUCAAUUAUUACAAUUAACCAUUAUUAUCUAUCACGUGGCAGAAGCAUGCCUUCCGUUUCGAAUUCUCUCCAAACCGGAACAACAAUGUGAUGUAAAAGAUUAUCGAAAUGUUGAAAAAAAUGUCACAACAAUCAUUACAUUUCAAAAUUACAAAUGCCCGAAAAAAAUUGAUUCAGCUACUGAAGUAUCUGGCAAAUUAUACAUAUUUUCGAAUGGUAAAGUGCGGAUUUUCAAAGAUCGAAAGCUCGAAAUGAUAACUCAUAUUAAUAAGAUAUUUCCUGAUGGACCAUCUUAUGUUAAUGCAUCUGUCUCAAUAAAAUACCAAACAUACCUUAUUAAGGACCGAACUAUUUUUGCAUUUCUUAACGACAAAAACGCCUUCAUCCUAAGAAAAGGAUGGCCUAAAAUGCUCUCAAAUCGUGUUUUGUUCUUACCACAAGCUGCAUUUCCUAUCCAGAACGGAAGUGCUAUACUUGUUUCGGGAAAUGUAUUAGCAACGUACGAAUUGAAACGCAACAAGGUAUCACUAAUUUAUGAUUUGGAAACAUACUACCCAAAUCUACCCAAAGAUUUUCGGACUGGUAUACCAUUUCCAAUGGGACAAUUUAAGACGUACCAUUUCUUAGACUCGCACAACUUGUACAAGUAUGACAUGAACACGAAAAGUAUCAUAUUUGCACAAUCACUCAAAACAUAUCUUUCAUGCUCAAAAAUUGAAAUCUCGAAAAGAAAUGAGUAA